UAGAGCGCAAGGAGGGAGAAAAAAUAAAGUAACCUAGCGAACUCGUCAAACAUGGAAAUAUUCGAUGUUGAAUUGUAGCCGUGGACGAUGCGACAGGACAUUUUGUCACCGUGAAUUUGCUGCCGGUCUUUCGUACAGUAGUGUGACCCAACUCCCCCACCCCUUUCCCUCCUCUUCCUCCUCCCUUCAUGAUGCUGAGUUUCCUGCGCAGGACACUGGGGCGGCGCUCCAUUCGGAAACAUGCAGAAAAGGCCCGUCUCCGUGAAGCCCAACGUGCCACCACACAUAUCCCCGCCUCUGGAGAGGCCAAGUCCAUAAUCACCUGCCGUGUAUCCCUGCUGGAUGGGACAGAUGUCAGCGUGGAUCUACCAAAAAAAGCCAAAGGAGAGGAGUUGUUUGAUCAGAUCAUGUACCACCUUGACAUCGUAGAGAAGGACUACUUUGGGCUGCGUUUUAUGGACUCAGCACAGGUUCCGCAUUGGAUUGACGUCACAAAAAGCAUCAAAAAGCAAGUUAAAAUUGGUCCACCAUACUGCCUUCACAUGAGGGUCAAAUUCUACUCCUCUGAACCCAACAACCUGCACGAGGAGCUCACCAGAUACCUUUUUGUAUUACAGCUAAAGCAAGAUAUCCUUAGUGGCAAGCUCGAGUGUCCAUUUGACACAGCGGUGGAGCUGGCUGCCUUCUCACUCCAAGCUGAGCUGGGUGACUGCGAUCCAGCGGAACAUGGUUUGGAUCUCGUGUCAGAGUUUCGCUUCAUCCCUGAGCAGACAGAGGAAAUGGAAAUGGCUGUAUACAACAUAUGGAAGGGGUGCAGAGGGCAGAUGCCUGCCCAGGCUGAGAUAAACUACCUGAACAAGGCAAAGUGGCUUGAAAUGUAUGGCGUGGACAUGCAUAUGGUCAAGGCCAGAGAUGGGAAUGAGUACAGUCUGGGUCUGACCCCCACAGGAGUUCUGGUGUUUGAGGGAGAAACCAAGAUAGGACUCUUCUUCUGGCCCAAGAUUACUCGUCUGGACUUCAAGAAGAGUAAGCUGACACUGGUGGUAGUGGAGGAUGAUGAGCAGGGCAAAGAGCAGGAGCACACCUUUGUCUUCAGGAUGGACCAUCCCAAGGCCUGCAAACAUCUAUGGAAGUGUGCCGUGGAGCACCAUGCUUUCUUCAGGCUAAGAGGGCCUGUGCAGAAGAACGCCACUCGCUCCAGCUUCAUACGCAUGGGAUCACGCUUUAGAUACAGUGGGAAGACAGAGUACCAGACAACCAAGGCCAAUAAAGCCCGGCGGUCCGCCUCCUUCGAGAGGAGGCCCAGUAGACGCUACUCCAGACGAACUAUUCAGAGUAGAGGACUAUGUAAACCCCAGGAGAUACUGUCAGGCAGUCCACACAACAAUGGAGUUAGUGCCAGCAAAGAUGUCAAGGUUGCUCCCACUAGAGGGGCCUGGUCAGGCCUGCCUGUGGUUAACCCUGCCUCUGCUUCUGCUUGUGCACCAAUGGAGAUUGAAGCUCUGCCCAGGAGUCCUAAAGGAGAGAAAAGAAGUGUGCCGACAGUGGCUGACCUUCUGGAGACCUGUGCUGAUGAUGUCAUCAGGACUUCUGUUCCUAUGGUGACAACGAUAGAGGAGGCAGGGCCAAGCAGCGCCCCUUCCACUUCCAGCAUUGUGGGCGAUGAUGGGCUUUCUCUCAACGAAGCAGCAGCCCGUCUGAAGCAGCUGGAAUUGGAGAGCAGUCCUCUCCCUACUUCUCAAAGAGCCAACAUCAAUAUCAACAUGGCCAUGAACAACCAAGAGGAUGUGUUGAAAUUGACGGACAAGUAUAGUCUAAACAGUGUGGGCAGUAGCCCAGUUGUCACUCCAUUGCGCCCCCCAGAGGAUCUGAAAAGUAACAUCCUUAAAGCCCAGGCCGAGGCUGCUGCCCUUAAGGGGUCUUUGGAGGAGCGUGCUGUCAUGGUGGGAGAUAAAAACUGUAAUUUGCAGGAGGCCGCCAGGUGUGAACCUAUAGGGUUAAAAGUGUGUGGUGUAGGGCGUAUGGGCAGUAACUCGUCCCUGUCUGUGAGUGCUCGCCCAGACCGGCAAGACUCCUGGGACCUGCUUAAAACAACCACGCUCAUGUCAUCUGCAGGUGCCAGUGUUGAGAUGCUGGUUGAAGAUCUGACUCCCUCUGUACCCAUGAUGCCUUUAGAGUCUGCCAUUGAAGGGCUGGCACCAAAGGUGAGAGCAGAAGAGGCGGAGCUGCCGACGAAUGCCCCGCAGUCUGACAACCUGAUCGACUUCAGUGAUCCAGCUCCUGUGCUACCACCAGUACAGCAGACCAAACCAGUCUUGACUCCACGCUGGAUCAUUCCUACAAAUGCUCCUCCUGGGGUCUUUACGAAUGGCCUGAUCGACCUCGACCCCUCUGCUAAGGUCAGCCCACUUCCUCCAGCAGAUGGGGGGGCUGCUCUGGCCCCUGUCCAUCCCCACCUCACUCAAAGCCAUAACAUCAUCGCCACUAGCGCUGUGGGUCAGCAGCUGGCUUCGGAGGAUGGAGCCAAACCCAGGGGCCUCCUGACCACUGAGCUCUGAGGACGAAUGAGGAGCAGCCAUCAACAGACCAGUUUCCCUUACACCUCCACUUUAUACCUCCAUCUUCUCCACACCUCACUCCAACAUGUCUGAACCGACCAGAGAGCGUCUAGAGGAACAUGAAACUGGAAAGGGACAACUUAACAGGCGCCCUCAACUGCCCCUUUAAAUUCCACCACCGCAAAUGGCCCACUCUGAUUUCAACACAAUGCCACUCACCAACAUUUGACCACACUUUUUCACCCUUUGUGGAAAAACAAACCCUAAAUCACAACUUAAAUGUUACUACUAGGACCUAUAUGUUUUGGUCUGGUAGGACUGUUGAGUCUAGAUUUUUUGUGCAUUAACUAGUCUCUUCGUAGGUCUUGAAAAAGAGGCUGAAGGCUCUAAUCUGUAGUUAUGUCAUAAGCUGACACUUUGUCGAGUUGCAAAAUUAACAAUGAGCUGGAGACUGACUUCUUGCAGGCAGUUGAAGAAAAUGCACAUCUAUAUUUUGAAGACAUGGAUACAAAUUCUGCUUCAGAAGUUACGCUUAACACAACUUGUCGUUUGAGAGUUAUGGUUCCAACAAGCACUCUGUAGGACAACGAAGUUGACCUACCAGUGUCUAACAAGUUAGCUCCAGAAUUUGUCAAAGGACAUUUGCAUCCAGGUCAUAAUUUAUCUCUCCUUUAAUCCACGGAUUGAACCAUCCCAGAUCAUGAGAAUAACACAUUUUGGAUCUUCGUCUGGAUUUUUCCUAUUUUAAAUCUCAGCAUUCCAGUGCACCUGUCAGUUUAUACCUCCUCACACCCUGGCAGUGCAGUAAAACGACACCCCCAGUCACUCACAAAUAUUUACUACCAGCCCAAUACAGUCUUAAUACAACAGUCUAAAUACCCCCAACUUUUCCCCCCUACAUUUUUGCCAGAGGGUUGGGUCAGAUGUGCUAAAAGUGUACAGCUCACAGCACAC